AUGUCUUCUAUAAAUUUGUCUAAUUUGGCAAAUGCUAAUGCCGGAGGUAAUACUUCUGCUGAAAUCAAUGUUAUGAUUGAUACUUUCAUUGCAAGAUUGAAGAGAAGAAAUAUCGAAGGAUCCUAUGCUAUUGCUUUGGAAACAUUGCAAAUCUUGAAAAGGUUCAUAUCCGCAGUACGUUGGUCUCAUGUUAAUGAACUUAUUGAACAAAUUAGAAAUCUAGGAAACAGAUGCGAAAAAGCUCAUCCUACUGCAUUCACAUGUGGUAACGUUAUAAGGAGAGUGCUCGCAGUGAUAAGAGAUGAACUAGAAGAAGAUUUGAGAGAAUCUCAACAACAAACUAGUAGUCCUAGCACAGAAACUAUUCCAUCUACCAUUGCUGAACCAAUGAUUUCAUCCAUGUUCAACUUAUUCCAAAUUCCAGAUGAAUCUCACAAUCAAGAACCAAAUAAAAGUAGCCGUCGUUCUCAAAAGACCAAAACAGAUUAUAGACAAGUUGCCAUUCAAGCAAUCAAAGAUUUAGUCGACGAAAUAACUAACAUUGAUGAUGGUAUCCAACAAAUUGCUAUUGAUUUAAUUCACGAUAACGAAAUAUUAUUGACGCCAACCCCAGAAUCUAAAACUGUUCUAAAGUUUUUAAUUAAAGCUAGAGAGCGCAACAACAGAAAAUUUUCUGUUCUAGUCACAGAAGGGUUCCCAAACAAUACAACCAAGGCUCACGAAUUUGCUAAGAAGUUAGCUCAACACAAUAUAGAAACUACUGUCAUCCCUGACUCUGCUACCUUUGCGCUAAUGUCAAGAGUCGGUAAAGUUAUUGUCGGUACAAAGGCCGUUUUUAUAAAUGGUGGUAUGAGCACAUCCACAUCUGGUGUCUCUACUGUUUGUGAAAGUGCUCAUCAAUUUAAGACACCAGUCUUUGCAGUAGCUGGUCUAUACAAAUUAUCCCCUCUAUAUCCUUUCGAUAUCGAAAAAUUUAUCGAAUUUGGUGGUUCUCAAAGUGCAUUACCAAAGAUGGAUCCCGAAAAUAGACUUGACACAUUGAAUCCAAUAACAUCAUAUGUUCCUCCUGAAAACAUUGAUAUUUAUAUUACUAACAUUGGUGGUUUUGCUCCAAGUUUCAUCUAUCGUAUUGCAUGGGACAAUUAUAAGCAAAUUGAUGUUCAAUUGGAACCUGAAACGCCAAAAUCAAAGUCAGGAUCAAAAAAAUAA